GCUAUGGGUUCGUGCAGUAUGACCGUCUAGAAGAUGUCCAGGCCGCUCUGGACGGUGAGAAGGGUCGCCUUUAUAAAGGGUAUAGAUUAGGUAAGGAAAACUGAUCCGUGCUCUCCUCCUGACCCUAGCAUGCGUUCUGGUAGAAAGAGUGCUUUUGUUUAAAGCUCUCGGGAAAGAUCACCAUGUGAAACUUGCCUGGCGCUAGCCUAAAAUCACUUCUGCUAGGUACCUGUUUGCCUUCUGAGUUAUUUGCUGCCAGUGCUGUGUGGUUCAUCUGCAGUGUUUCCUCUUGCUACCUAGGUCUUACUCUGAACUUAUUUUUAUGUGUUAGUAUUUGAAAAGCUCCAUUACCCUGUGUAAGAAACUGUUCAAUGUGUAAGCCCAGGAAAGCGGUUAUUGAACCCGCGUACACAUAGUUUUAAAAACAUCUGUAAACCAGUAUCAGGCUUCAUCUUGAUGGGUUCAGAGGAAUUGGUCACAGCACUCAGCGGCUUCUUAGAUAAGUAAUCUUGACUUGGAUUUUUUUGCACAUGUGAAAUCAAUCUGUAAGUAGCACUGUAAAUACUAGGUGCUUUAAAAAGGCCAUUUUCAUAAAGAUGAAAAUAAUUCUGCUAAAUAUGCUGGGAGCAAACAAACAGAAAUGAAUGGUUAGAAAUCCAAGAGUAUUGAAAUGCAAGCAAAAAAUUUACUUUUGAAGUAAGCCUAUGCUAAUUUAAAGAAAACCAGUCUGACUUAGGAAGGAAGGGAAGGAGCAAUAAAUAAUGACUUGUGGGAAGGUGUGUGUACAGUAGCAAAUAUGAGCCUGAAGAUGGAAAUGGAGGCAAAUAGACAAGGAGGGUGGAGGGAUACAAGAAGAAAUUAUGGCCAGCGUUGUCACAGUCUAGAAGCUUAAAUAGGAACAACUGCGGCUGUGUUUGAAGCUGAGGUGUAACUGUCUGGAAGCGAUAAAAUUUCUCCCUGGAAAGGACCACCCAGUCUUCAGUUCAUAAUUCUGCUGUCUGUUUUUGAAGAGGCAGGAGGUGUUGGGUUUUAUAUAGCUUUCAUUUCAGUAGCAAACUAAAAAAGGUAAAACAGCAGCUACCAAAACUAGAUCUCUCCGAAAAAUUAAAUCUAACUAACAUCUAUGAGGCUCAUUGAAAUGAAGACCCGCCUAGGCUAUUAAUGUCGUUUUUCCACAAGCCUUGGAAAACUAGGGAGUUUCCAGGGACCUAGCAGAGCGCUGCGGAUCUGCCAAUAGGCAGCAUAAAUGGGAUGAGCCUGGCAUCAGCCCUGGUAACCGAGGGAUUCUUUCACCUGACACUCGGUGAGAAAUGAAUUAAUUAAUGCCAAUCAAAAUAAAACCUGUCAAACUAACUUAAUUCUUAUGAUACUGCAAGUUUUAUGGCUGAAAGUAGCAGCGUUGAUGUAAAAGACUUCUGUAAGAUGCUUGAUUUGAUUAAGAAACUAGAACAAUGAAAACCAACGUAGGGCUAAAUGGAUUUGAAAUGAAUCUCAGUGUAACGUAGAUGGAAUUGCUCCGUGCUUUGAGUGGUGUUCUGGAAGGGUUGAUUCCUGGCCAUACAGUGCUUUUACAAUUGACUUGGAAAGAAUACACACAAUCAUGUUUUAAAAGAUAAUUAAAUAAUGAGAAAUGAGUCACUGAUGGUGAAAUGACCUGGACUUCUUCCUGAGCUGGAUUCAGGCAGAGCUGAGCUUCCAGUAAAGCCAAGAGGAAAGAUCCGCACCUAGCGGGAGUGCUUUUGUCAUCCUUAGCUGUACAAAACACACAUUUGUAAGUAGGGAGGCUCUGGUACCUGUGGGGUUUUGCUGCUGGAAGGAAUACUGUGUUCAGUUCUGGUAUGCCUGGUUCAAAAAGGAUAAUGCUGAAUCGGAAAGCCUCAGAAAAAUCUGAAGAAGGCUUAAAGAGUUGAAGAACAAGCCCUAGCGAAAGCUGCACGAUAAAGGCAUGGGGUGAUCUGUGUGUUACAGACAGACCUGGAGAUAAGUGAGUUUUAAUCUAGUAGGCAUAGUAUGACAAGUCCUUAAAUGGAAAUAAAUAGUUUUCUUUAACAGCAAAGUAAUUUACUUCUGGAAUAACUUAUUGGACCUUUGGUGGUUUCUGUACUCUGAAGACUUUGGAAUUGGAAUUGCAUGUUUUGCUAGAGGGUUAAGCUCUAGUUCAAUGCCACUGCUGCACUUGAGAUAGAAAUGUGAUUCAAGAAACUCUUGUCACCUGUGUUUAUUCAGAAGGUUGCACUGUGUGAUUACAGUGGCCCUGUCAUCUCAAAAUCCUACAAGACAGAAGACUUUUUUUUUUUUUUAUCGGAAGUUUUGUCAAUGUUCAAAUACUUAACCUGUAAAUGCUGUUGGCAUUAAAUAAAAUGUUAUUAAAUCUGUUUGUUUUGCACAAGAGAAGGAUUCCUGUCAAGGGUGUUUUUUUCUUCCAGUAAAAUAUUUUUGUUCAGAUUUAAAUACAUUUUUUUUAUUUGAAAGAAAUGUAUGGUAUUGAGUGUAAAAAUCAUAAUAGGCUUCUGCAAUGGCAUCUUAAAACAGAAAAUAAAAAUAAUCUUAAACCAAAGAAAGCAGAUAGUCUUGCUUAAAGAUAACACUUGACCUUAAGGGGGGGAAAAAAAUCUCAAUUAGAAAAUAAAUGCAAGGAGAACAGUUGCUUCAGUUAUGCAGUCUGAGUGUUAAAUAUAAUCGUAAUAACACAAUAAGGUAAAAGGCUUUGGGAGAGUUUAACUCCAGUGCUGUGUUAUAAAUGCUUCCAUGAAUGCAUGGAAGUGUUUUCAUACCUUUAAUGAGGAAAACCACGUAGGGAAUAAGUGUCCGUCAGAGUAGUUUGUGACAGUAGAUAAUGUAGCUGCGUGUGAGCCUGGAGAGGCUGCUUUGAGGUCCUGUGGAUGUUAUGCUGCAUUUGUAGUUACUGUUCAGGUGGCACUUCUCUCUCUUCCCCCCCAAAAGAGACCACACUGCUGCUUGACUGACAACACAAGCAAAAAAAUUAGAACUAAUCCCUUAUUUCAUUACUUUCAAGAUUAAAAUUAGAAGGAUAGUUUGGGAAGUUACAGAAGAUGCUAAGACUGAGUCUGCCUAAAGACACUGUGGCACGUUUAUUCUCUUGCAAGAGCUUUGAGAGUAGCUAAUGUAAAAAAACUAAUUAAAAAUAAAUUUUAAUUGUCAGUGGGUUCUCAGAGAGCAGAUAGGACCUAAGUUUGUUUUGUUGUUUUCUUUAAAAGGCUGUCAGAGUAAAAUGUCUGAAGUCAUUUCUGUUUGUUCUUGCCCCCCUCCAGUACAUUAUUUCAUCUUCAGUCAACUGUUACGGAAGGCUUUGUUUCUUCACAGUAGAACCAUGUGGGUCCCUGCCAAUUCUGGGCAACUUCACUUUUUCUGGUUGAGGACAAGGCUCUGUUUCUUCAGCUCUCUUACUCUUUGUAUUUCACUUCAUGGUGUUUCUCAUGGAGAUGCUCAGAAGCCAACCAAUUCUCAAAUUUCUGAUCUGUUGCGUCAGUCUGCAUCAUGUUAACAGUGGUGUUUUGAAUGCACCGUGUUGACCUCAUAAGGAGCUUGUGCUUCAGGCUCCUUGGAUCCUGUUUCCUCAGGCUGUACAACUUAACGCUGCAGCAGUCCCUUGGAAGGGGGUUGCAUGUCCUACUUGAGAACCCUUGGAUUGUUUUCAACAAGGGUGGCGGCAUGCUCCGUUGAACGGGACUGGCUGUGAACUUAAGACUGUGCUGGCCAUCAGCUUCCUUUCUCGGAGGUUUUCAGACUCUGCUUUUUCUCCUAGAGUCCAUGAGUCGCUUUCUGCUCGCUCAUAGACUGCAGAAGAAAGAGGUUCUCUUAUGGAAUGAAGAGUCUGGAUGUAGGCCUGAACAGAAAGGGUUAAAACUUCACCCAAGCUGUCCACCCUAUUUUGAAGUCAGAGAAAUCCCUGACAAUUUCACUACAUUGUACUAUCUAAACUUAAUAAAAAAAAAUGUCAAAGUGGCAAUGUCUCUCUGCUGAAUGGAUUUCCUUGCACCACCUGGAUGUUGUUGAGCUUAAGUUGCUUUCAUUUGAAUUGUGCUGAUGAUCUUUUUUUGUUCCAUAGCAUUGAACAGAUGGGUUGAUUAUUCUUUACAGAUAUUAAUAAAGCAGUGGAAAGAAGAAAUAUGAAUAAGGCUUCAUCAAGGUCCAGUCCGGCACGAAGGUAAAGUACCUGGAAGCAGUGAGUUAUACUAGGAAGGUCAGGCUUUUAGGGCAUGAGCCCAGCGGCCUGUGCUAAAUGUCUGUGUCUCUUCCCUACCACCACCUCCCCAGUCAGAGAUGCUCAAGCGAGACAGUUGGGACAUGGCUGCUCCACCUCUCGGAGCCCUUCUGGCGCUGACACCUCGGCAGGCAUGAGGGAAACCUCGUGUCUGCUGCUGUUACUACAGCUAAACGUUACAUUUUGCAGCACAGGUUGUAAGAGACUCGUGAGGAAGAACGCGCUUGAUGUUUGCUCCUGCCUCAAGUGUCAGAGAAGCCAAGGCAUAUCUAGAGAAGGCCGAGGGGCUGCAGCAUUCCCAGUGCCAUGCUGCAGAGGACUUCAGGAUCUUGCUGCUUCUGAUGUCAGAAGCUUCCAGUGCUGAGAUGAGACUGGAAAAGAGCACGUGAGCGAAGCACAAGACAGAAAAUGUCUCUAAUGCACUGUCCCGUCCGCACGUGUGCUUGUGUUGUCAGUACCUGGAGCCAGUCCCCUUCUGUGCAGUUAGUGAUGUGUACCUGCCAGCUUCUCCUGGUUCCCCACCCCUUGGUAGGCGCAGUGUGUGCAGCUCCUGCACAGCCUCUGUGUGUGAAGUUACAGGUAGAUGGAGAAGACACAGACUGUCCUGUCACAGGAAGGUGACUUCCAUUUCCUUUCCAUGGCAUUACUAGGGAGUGCACGAAGGCGUGCUGUGGUUUACAGCUUGGUCUAAGGUGUGCAUCUUCUAUGCCUAUACUCUAAAGCUUUCCACACAAAGGAGUGUUACGUGUUGGACCUUCCUUGAAGGUCAUCAAGCUCUCAAGUGUCUGGUGCACUCUACUAACUUGACCUGUUAAAUUACCAAAAAUGGGGGGAAAGUGCAACUAGCAAGACAUCUACCACCGAAACAACAGAGAACAAGUAGCUGCAGCUCUUGGCAUCAUCUAGGCCUUUUGUAAGCUGUGCACUUAGCCUGCACAGGGCCAAAUGUGCUUGCAGAGACCAGCACAUGGGCAUUGCCCAGGAAGUGUUUUGGGCACGCCCCUGGGGGUUCCCGUUACGGAUGCAGUAAGCCAUGGGCCUGGGCAGUGUCAGGUGUGCUCAGCGCUGGCAUGAGGCCCCCAAGAAUACCACAGCAAUAUGGGCAGCAGGUGCUGAUGGCACAUCUUUGGCCUCAAUGGUGCUGCUGGUGAUUAACGCUGAAGGUGCUGGGCAGCACUGCGGGUGUCUGACAGGCAUCUAUGCCGUCAGCGUUGGUCCUCAGACCAUGUUGCAGAAGGGACAAGCAGCAGGCACUGAUCCCAUUGGCUUUGGGGCCUGUGUCAUCCCGUGUGUAUGCAAGAGCAGAUGCUCAUGUCAUGGGUCCAAAGGAGCGCUGGAGGUGUGAGCCAUGGGCAGCGGUGCCAUGGGCACCAGGCUGUGCACUGGACUACUGCUGCGGCUGCUGAAGGCCUUGGGGCCUCUGUGACAGGCACUGGAUUCCAGCUGGCACUGCUGAUGCUGUGGCCAUCCCAUGUCACUGGCACCAGGUCCCAAGCAGCACCAUGGGCACAGGUGGCGAUGGGGUCACGGGCACCGACCCUGGGCAUGGCUGCAGGCGCACAAACAGCGGACAACGGACUCUGGACCACGCUGCGGGCGUGUGAACGACAGCUGCUGACGCCAGGGUGCAGAGUCCCACGCUGUCCCGCAGGCAGCGGUGCUGGGCCAGUGGUACCAGGUCCUGAGCAGAUGCGGGCAGUGGUGCUGACGCUGCAGGAGUCUGACCAUGGUGACAGAGGUGUGGAAGCAGAAAGCUGCUGUGCCUUCAUGCUGCUGCCUCUCUGCAAGCAGCAGGGCAGCGAUGCAGAUGCAAGAGCAGAGGAGACCCGCGCCACGUCUGUACUUCUGUUGCAGUUGUGCAUUGCUCAUUCUGGAUCUUUUUGUCUCUGCAGAUAAUUAACGUGGCCUCUUCGGUCACCCCCACUUCAGCUGGAAUAAAUGUCAUAUGCCAAACAAUUACGCUGCAUCUGGCUGUUUUGCUAUCUAGUCUUACAGCUACAGAAAGAUCAGUUGCUGAACAUCCAUCAGAGCAAAUCAAAGUCUUCCCCUGAGCUUCUGCCAUCAUUCACUGCAGGUUGGGGGGAAGGGGGCGAUGAUGUGUAUCUCUCAUGGGAUGUGGUUUCAGUACAGAUCACAAACAGAAAGUGGAUUUGUGUGUCCAAGAGGCUGAAGGAGUUUACACUUGUCUGUGUGCAAAUGCAGUGUUUCUUUUACAGGAGGAGGCUAUAUGUGCUCUUGGUGGCAACACCGUAGUUUGUAUUUUGUAUCUGACAUAAAAAUAGAGAAUGCCAGUGCUCCUGCGUAUCCCCUGGUGCAGCUGGGUGUCUAACCACCAAAGUCCAUGCACAGGCUCCGCACAUCCAUCUCGUUACUGCCCUCUCUACCCGACACUGAACUUGGGCACGUCAGACUCUGCUCCUGCUGUUCUCUCCAGAGAGCCAUAUGCCUAUGGGGAUGGCCGAGAUGCCAGACGCGACCGCUCCCCUCUUCGGGGGAGCCCACGGAGAGACCCCAGAGAUGGCAGGGAUGGUAGAAACGGGCGCGAUUCCAGAGACACUCGAGAUAUUCGCGCUAGAGACAUGCGUGACGCCAGAGACCACAGGGACCCACGGGACCUGCGAGACCCACGGGAUAUCAGGGAUCCAAGAGACUUGCGGGACCCUCGUGAUGUUAGAGAUCUUCGUGACCCACGGGAGCCCCUGUACGAUCGAUACAGGGAUCCACGGGAUAUGAGGAAUCCACGAGAUGUGAGGGAUCCACGGGAUAUGAGGGAUCCACGGGAUAUGAGAGACCCUCGGGACCCUUUGUACAGACGAGAUGAAGCUUAUGACCGUUACCUUCGCCUUGAAGACUACUAUCGGCGGAAGGAUGACUCUUACUACGACCGUUACAAAGAGUAUUUUGAUAGAGCACCAGUGAAUUCAGAAGACCGUCUGAAGCGUGAGGAGCGGCGCCGAGAGGAGCUGUAUCGUCAGUACUACGAGGAAAUCAAGAGGCGUUUUGAUGCAGAGAGACCUGUGGAUUGUUCUGUGAUAGUGGUGAAUAAACAGACAAAGGAGUACGCGGAGUCAGUGGGGCGGAAGGUGCGGGAUCUGGGCAUGGUAGUGGACCUGAUCUUCCUCAACACAGAGAUGUCCCUGACGCAAGCCCUGGACGAUGUGAGCAGAGGAGGGUCUCCUUUUGCCAUUGUCAUCACCCAGCAGCAUCAAGUUCACCGCUCUUGCACUGUUAACAUCAUGUUUGGCACCCCGCAAGAACACCGGAACAUGCCCCAAGCUGAUGCCAUGGUGCUGGUGGCAAGGAAUUACGAGCGCUACAAAACAGAGUCACGGGAGAAGGAGCGUGAGGAAAUUGCCCGGCAGGCUGCCAAGAUGGCAGACGAAGCUGUUCUGCAGGAGCGGGAGCGCCCACCCCCCGUGGAGGAGGGCGUCAGGGGAGGUCACCCUCCAGGGAUUCAGACUCUCUUGAACCUGCUGGCAGACAAUCGCUAUCUGACUGCUGAGGAGACUGAUAAAGUAAUUAAUUACUUGAGAGACCGGAAGGAACGGUUGCUGAGGGGAAGCACUGAUUCUCUGCAGGCACCCAUGUCAAGACAGUCUUUGGGGGCACCUUCAGGAUCAUCUCUGGGUAGUCAGUCCAGCCUCCCAAGCUCUCAGGCUCAUCAGGGUUCACAGCCCAUGGUCUCUGCUCCUUCUGUUCCCGUGUCCUCUUCUAAUCCUCAGCAGGAGCUUCAAGCAAAAAUCCUCAGUCUCUUCAACAGCGGGGCAGCAGCAGCUGCUGUAGCAAACAGCAGUUCUGCAGCCUCUGCGGGCACUUCGGGCAGCACUCCGAACCAGAACUUUGCUAACAUGGCCAGCGGUCAGGCCCGGUCAGCACAGAUGAGUGCUGGAAACUUAAACCAGGCUCAGCAGAGAUUGCAGACUCCAAGCACGCAGCUUCCUACGCUCCAAGGCCCUUCAAGAAAUGCAGGUCCAAGACCUGGAGCUCCUCCACAAGCUCAGUCGCUCUAUGGUCAGCACCAAAAUCGCCUCCCUGCACCUGGCAAUGUACCUGCUCAAAGGCCAGUGUCCUCUGGUAUCAACUUUGACAACCCCAGUGUACAGAAAGCCUUGGACACCCUUAUCCAGAGUGGUCCUGCACUCUCCCACCUAGUGAGCCAAACCGUGGCCCAGGGGCGAGCGGGGUCCUCAGCCCAGCAACCUAUGGGUUCCUACCAGCGACACUAUUAAAGCUGAGCUGUCAGGCCCUUUCCCCUUCCCUUUGCCAUUCCAUACUUAUAGCUGUUUAAAGAGUCUCCUGUCCUUGACGAGGGACAAGUGCCCCUGGAUAUGCAUGUCCUCUCCACUUUGGCGAGAGUGUACCCCCAGCGGCAUUGCUGCUGACUGUGGCUAGCGCUGCCCUUCCUCACCGUGGUCUGGUUAGCAGUGUGUGGUGAAGUACGCUCUAUUUUCUCAGCGGCACGAUGUGCUGGGAGCUGCUUUGGAUAAUUGGCUGUUUUGCCCAGUCCCAGAAGCUGCUGCAACGACAGUCCUCCUGCAUUUUCCUCACUCCCAGUAGUAGCUGGUGCAUCUUCACAUUGUGGUGCAGUCUGGUCUCGCUGAACGGUCCUAAUAGAGUUCUGGGUCAGUGGUUUUGGGGAAAUAGGGGGCUGAACAGAGCGGUACACUGACUGGGCCCCCUUGGGGACCCACCUUUUUGGAAUGGGCACUAUUUUUCUUCAGAUUUCUUUUUUUAUUUCUUUUUUUUUUUUGAUGGCAUAUAAGCCAGCUGGAAACUACAGCGGUAGCGCUAGCAGCUGAACUCAUGAAGCACAGGCCUGACCACUACGCAGCAACCCUGGACCGUGCCAUUUGGUCCUUCCGUAGCUGGACUGUCGUGUCCCCGCAGGGUGAGGCAGAGGAAUGCUCCUCACCUCGCCCAGCUCACAGAAGCCAGCAACUUUGGUCUGAGCACUGUGGCGGAUCCAAAACAGACGAGCUUCCAGCCAAGGCAGAGAUUUCCAAUGGUCUGUCAAUUUUCCCACACCAGGCAGUCAGCGUUAAGAUCAAUCCGUUAAAUUUGGCAUACAAAUUUCCUUUUCUGAUAAUCUUGCUGUGGGAUGGUUGGUUACUGUAGCCCAACAGCUUAGCCACAGCCACGUCCCUCCCUCGGGGACACCUGCAGCCGGUUACCAGGGGUGAACGCCUGCUCUCCGAAACCCCCUCUCACUCUUGAUGGGUGUCUGUCCGUCUGUCUGAGGCGCAGGGGCAGUGCCAAGAGGCAAUACCGUCAUUUUAUACAUUUUUUUCCAACACUUUGGUAGCUGCAGCAGAUAGCUGAGUGGACAAGCGGGCAGUGAUUCUUCACCGUGUUUUUAACCAGUAACAUACUUUGAUACCAGAACACAAAGCAUCUCUGAGCUGUGCGGUCCUCCCCAUCAUGGCCGCCUCCGAGCCCGUCGGCUUCCCGCAGAGAACCGAAGGAAACCAAGAGAGCAGCGUUCUUGGAGCAGAGGAUUUUCUUUGUCCCAGGUGGUUUGUGUUGUAGCGUUUUUUUCUUUCCUCUCUGUGCUGUUAACAAGAGGACAUUACUUUUUAAUA